CGUUUACAGGAUCUGCAUAUGCUGAUACAGCUACAAGGAGUGUGCAUUAUAGCGCUGGAGCACUGAAUCAAUUAACCUUCUCUGGCUCUUUUCCAGCCAAACCCCCACCCAUUUACUUCCCUGCUUUUCAAGCACUGGAGCUGGAUACACUGGAAUGAGUCAAUCAACAAACAAGGGUAGCAGCAGACUGCGGGCUUUGCAAUGAACAAAGAGAAAACUGCAGGUAGACUCCACUAAUCACUUAAGUAAAAUCGUCAAAUUAAUGGAAGCAAAAGAACAGGGAAAAAAGUAUACGACCUUAUUUCUACCUUUUUUUAAAUGUGGCAAGAAUGAUUCUUCUCCUCCAUUCAAGAGUUGGAGAAAAUAUCUGGGUAAGAAAUACAGUUUUCCCAAAAUAGAAAUUCUUAAUCUUGGUGUUAGAAGAAACAUAAGUGCUAAACUAAAGCACACAAAGAGACAAGCUUUAGAAAAAUUAUAAAAACCAAAACCAAAUCAACAACUUGUUUACCGGAAAGUAGUGAAAAAUUUUAUCUUAAAACCCACCAUGUGAUGACAAAGAAAAUUACAAAGGAUCUACCUGGAUGCAAAGUGAACUCUACUAAAAUGCAAGAGAAAGAGGUAAGGCUUUCUUCACCUGAAAAUUGCAACACAUCAAAUCUUCUCAGUAACUGAGCAUUUGUUCAGCUUAACGCCGUGACAGCUGGUUUAGUCUCUGCUUGAAGGGGGAAAUGUAAGCGUUAACUCUUCAGCAGAGUCGAGAGCACCAGAGACAGAAAGAGAGAGGGGAAGAGAAAAGGCUGUGCUUAAUAAAAGCCCUGCUCAGAUUACAAAAACAAGCGGUUUACUUACACCCCCCCACCUCCACCCCACAAGUAAUGGGUAAAUUUAGAUGUCUCAGUUACAUAAAUCUUUACGGUCCCCUUGAGGCUGUCACUAGUGUUUUAUUGUCUACAGCUUCCUGACCCUCACCUGAUAAAUUAGGAACUGCGGAUGUUAAAACUGAAACCUCAUACAUAAUUUCUGAAGAUAUUUUUGGGGUGACCCUCGGUGGAGAAAUAGGAUUCUUAAUAAGGGGAAAUCUGGGAACUGCUGCCUGCCUACGCACACACUGCUGGAGACUAGACACCCAGGAGAGGAGGAGUUGCAUAUACACAACCUCUUGAAUUGUCUCCUAUAAUCUUCUGAAACCUGAACCUUGCUAUAAAGGUGAGAACAGACCACUGAACCCUACCAGCCGGAGAUGGACACAAGACAGGACUUUCAUUUUUAAGACCUAAUUGUGCCUAGCAAGGCACAGGAGGGAAAAAAAAAAAAAAUUGGAUACCAGCUCGGACAUGGUUACAGUACCUCAAAACAGCUGAUGACCAGUUUACCAUACUGACCAUGCUGGCCUUUCUUCAGGACCAUCCUAGACCAGAGAGGAACAGUGAACUCUUACACCAUACUCAAUUCCUGCACAAAAUACAGCACCUGAAUACAUCCUGCUGGACACAAAAAUGUCCCAUCCUUUACAUUUCUUGAACGGGUCUGGAGUUGGCAAUGGAUCUUUGUCACCACUCUCAGUAACAGGAGAACCCAAGCAGGACUCCUCAAGUGACGAACAAGGAAACAAAGUGCGUUGGGCAGCUUUACUGAUCCUCCUGGUGAUAAUCCCCACUGUUGGGGGGAACAUUCUCGUCAUACUGGCGGUGUCUCUGGAGAAAAAGUUGCAAUAUGCUACCAACUACUUUCUGACGUCCUUGGCGGUGGCAGAUUUGCUCGUGGGUCUGUUUGUGAUGCCGAUUGCCCUUCUCAUAAUAUUAUUUGAUAACACCUGGCCUCUUCCAACUGCCUUGUGUCCUAUCUGGCUGUUUCUUGACGUCCUCUUUUCCACAGCUUCCAUCAUGCACCUCUGUGCCAUCUCACUAGACCGCUACAUUGCGAUUAAAAAGCCAAUCCAGGCUAGUCAGUACAAUUCAUGGGCUACAACAAUCAUCAAAAUCAUCGUGGUUUGGCUCAUUUCAAUAGGCAUUGCUAUUCCGAUCCCUAUCAGAGGCAUUGAAGAUGGAAAUGGCAACUCUACAAACAUCACGUGUGUCCUGAUGCCUGAUCGUUUUCAUGACUUCAUUCUGUACGGAUCAGUGGCUGCAUUCUUCAUUCCCCUUGCUAUCAUGAUAGUCACUUAUUUUCUGACAAUUCAAGUGCUACGCAAGAAGGCCUACUUGAUCAACAAGCCACCUCAGCGGUUCACUUGGUCAACAGUGUCCACAGUAUUUCAGCGUGAGACAACCCCUGCCUCCUCACCAGAAAAGGUGGCCAUGCUAAAUGGCUGCAGAAAGGACAAGACUCUGUCCAAUGACAUGCCUACCUGCAGAACAUCUACGAUUGGGAGGAAGUCCAUGCAAACGAUAACCAACGAACAAAGGGCAUCAAAAGUUCUGGGGAUUGUAUUUUUUCUUUUCUUGUUGAUGUGGUGCCCAUUCUUCAUAACAAACAUAAGUUCAGUUCUGUGCAACUCCUGCAACAAGGAGGUUUUUCAAAAGCUUAUGGACAUAUUUGUUUGGAUAGGAUAUGUAUCCUCAGGAGUGAACCCUCUUGUCUAUACACUCUUCAACAAAACAUUUAGGGAGGCUUUCAGCAGGUAUAUCACUUGCAACUAUCGGACCGCAAAGCCUAUCAAGGCCCUUCGGAAGUGCUCUGGCAGGAUCUCUUUCAGAAGCUCUGUGGCAGAAAAUUCCAAGCUCUUUGUCAUGCAUGGGAUGAGAAAUGGGAUUAACCCCAUUAUGUACCAGAGUCCAAUGAGGCUGAGGAGCUCACCCAUCCAAGGAUCAUCGGCCAUUCUGUUGGAUACAUUGCUGCUCACAGAGAAUGAAGUAGAUAAAACAGAAGAACAAGUCAGCUACGUAUAGCGAGUGGAAUGGCAGCCAUGUCCAUACUGUAGCACUACUAUAUGUAUUAUCCUAGGUAACUGUGCUAUCAGAGGGUAUAAAUACUAAUGUUUUCUGUUAUUUAUGCAAGCAAUAUCUUAUAAAUUUAUGUUCAUUCCUCUCCUCCAAUGUCUCCUCUACUUUAACCCCAACCCCAUGGUGGCAACCACAAUUUCAUUCCAUGAUAAAUGACUACUGCUGAACUGUAGCCUACAGGAAGAGGGAAAUAAAUAAAAGCUAAAUCAGUUUGAG